UACUGCUUCAUCUGCCUCACCUCGCCUAGUCAUCAUCACUCUACUCCUUCCAGAUCCCACCGCGCGACUCCCGCUGCGACACGCACGCCUCACCUCGUCGCCUCCGUCAACGGUCAACCCACCGCCCAUGGGAGGAGGGCAGGAGCAGGAGGCCGACGCCGGCAAGUCCGGGGGCUACUCCUCCUCCGGCCUCCCGCCGUCGGAGCCGUCGCAGCAGUACGGGUACGGCACGUUCCAGGGCUCUCGCGCUGGCUCGGGCGAGUUCCGGAAGCCGCCCGUCGGGUUCCCGCAGCCCGCCCCGCCUCCCGGAUUCGGCGGCGGCGGCUACCACAACCAGCAGCAGCCCUACACGCCAGAGGAGCCGUACUACGCCCAGGGGUACCAGGCCGUGCCAGGCUAUGGUCAAGUAGCUGAAGGAAGACCUGUGAGAAUGCGGCGUCUCCCAUGUUGUGGCCUCGGCUUAGGCUGGUGCCUGUUCAUCACUGGUUUUUUCCUUGCCGCCAUUCCAUGGUAUAUUGGAGCUUUUAUUAUGAUAUGUGUUCGGGUACAUGACCACAGAGAGAAACCAGGAUACGUAGCAUGCACAAUCGCUGCCGCAAUUGCUGCAGUUGCCAUCAUCCUGGGGGUUACUAAAGGAACUCAUGUAUGGUGAAUUGCCUCCAGAGUCCAGAGUUUUGGCAAUGGCCAAAUGCAACCCAUCGAUGUAUUUGCUUGUUGGUGUUGUACAUAUAUGUAUUAAUGUAUAUUAUGAAGUGUGAGCAACAUCCAUGUGUAUUGUACUUUGUAAUAAGAUUUUAAACGUACAAUCUGUGUAAGCAUUGGAUCAUAUAAUAAGAUACCAUGGUGGAAAUUAACGAUUUUCUGUUUUCGAA